AUGGCGGCGGCGACGCGCGUGUCGCGCGCGACGGCGCGAGAGAGCGCGAGAGGUGCGCGCGCGCUCGCGAGAGGGACGUGGGACGACGCGCGCGCGAUUCGCGCGCUCGCGGGCGACGAACGGCGCGCGGGCGGCGCGGGGAGGGGGCGCGGGGUGGUGAGCGCGAGCGCGGCGAGCGGCGCGAGCGGCGCGAGCGAGCGAGAGAUCGCUUCGGCGCAGACGGUGCACGCGAAGGUGCGGUGGGCGCUGAAGAAUUUGGGAUUCGAGACGCUGACGGAGAUUCAAGCCGCCGCGGUGCCGGCGGCGGCGGAGAACAGCGACGUUGUCAUCGCGGCGGAGACUGGGAGCGGUAAAACCUUGAGUUAUUUGAUUCCGAUUUGGAGUAAUCUCCUCGAGCGCGGCGUCGGAGGACGAGACGACGACGACGGCUCGCGCGAGACGGGGGCGUUGAUUUUAUGCCCGAACGCGACGCUGUGCGAACAAGUCGCGCGCGUCGCGAAUUCGCUCGUCGACGAGGGCACGGGCGAACCGCUGUUGCGAACGUACGCGCUGACGCCGGAAACGGGAACGCCGUUUCACGCCCCGGACGUGUACGUCACCACGCCGGCGCGCGCGGUGGACGACUUGUUACGAUUUCGCGAGGGCGCGUGGCGACGCGGCUCGUUCAGUCCGACGGCGCGCACGCUUCGGCACGUCGUCUUCGACGAGGCCGACAUGUUGUUUUCGGGAGGGUACUUGAAACCGCUCCGCAUGUGCUUCGACGUGCUGUAUCGCGAAGAAAAGCUCGCGAGCGAGGGGUUUUACCUCCCGGGCACUGGGAACGAGGACGCCGCCGCGGAGUGGGACGGCGACGUCGAUCGCGACGCGUCGUCGUUCGAGCGGGAUUGGCGCAAAGACCACGACGGCCCGCGGAAGCGUGGACCAGCGCUCGGAGGCAAGGGUAAAGUUGGUUUAGGUGACGGUAGAGACUUUAGACGACAGUACAUCUUCGCCGCGGCGACGGUGAUGAGCAACGGGAAGAAGACGCCGGGGGCGAUGAUCAAGUACGGCUUCCCUGACGCCAAGUGGAUCGAGGGACGACGAUUACACCGCUCCGUGGAGAGCGUGAAUCAGACGUGGGUGGAAGCGACUUUGGAAACGCGCGCCAUGGCGCUCGCGGACGCCGUCGGAUUGACGUCCGCCGGCGCUUCGGCGGAGAAGACUAUGAUUUUCGUCAACACCGCGGCGGCGGCGGAUGAAAUCGCUCGCGAGUUCAACGCGCUCGGCUUGCGCGCCGCCGCGUUCCACGCCGACAUGGCUUCGCACGAACGCGCCAUGCGCCUGAAAGAUUUCGCCGACGGCGUCAUCACGGCGUUGGUGUGCACGGACAGCGCGGCUCGAGGCGUGGACAUUCCGGGCGUGACGCACGUCGUCCAAGCCGAAUUCGCGGGCAACGCCGUCGAUUAUCUCCAUCGCAUCGGCCGCACCGCGCGCGCGGGCGCUACCGGUCGCGUCACAAACAUAUGUUUACCCGGAAGCGCCGAUCUCGUACGCGCCGUGCGCGACGCCGAGGCGAACGGCGAUCCCGUCGAGAGCGCGUUCAGCCGAAAGCGAUCGUUUCGCAAAAAAACCAAAAAAUACGGCCCGUCCAGAAAAGGCGUCGCCGAUCUCUCCCUCAGGCGCGCCCGCGAUCAACGUUCGUAA